GUUAAAUGAGUGUGUACUUAUGAGACUAAUCUGACCCCACAGAAAAACGAUUCGAAUUAAAUUUUGCUGCUUCAAGUAUUCGUUUAAUUUAAACAGCGUUGUAAUGGUUUGUUUUGAAAGUGUUUGCAUAUAGUUUUAUUGAUUUGGGUGGAUACACUGCCCGCUAGUGGCAACAGUGUCACAUGGCUGAAUCCAGCUGCUCCCUGCUAAGACCCACAUAAGCUAAGUUUUUGUUUGAGCUAAUGUUUUUUUUAAAUGCAUUCGUAAUUUAGUUAUAUAUAUAUUUAUGGUGGAAACAAGACUGAAAAAGUCGUUUCUGCUCUUGCAUUCCUCUUUAAAAGAAACUGUUGUAUUUUUAAGCCAAAGCAACGGUUGUGUUUGAUAGAACAAUAUGUCAAUAUGCUGCCAUAGCAGAUUCGUGGCGCAUUAAGCCCUCGAACUAUUUUUUAAUUUGUCCGUUUUACCCUGAAAACCCCCGUUUACAGACGUCGCGCAACGGCUUUUGUUUCAACCCAGCCAUAAAACAAAGGUAAUUAUAUUUAUUAUUCAAAAUGUCUGUAGUUUUUAGCUUAGAAUCAUUAAUUGAUGUCUCAUAUUUCAUUUAAAAAAAAAAGACAUUAAAAAAGUAUUCACUCACAUAUUUUAAACUACAAAUUACGUCUCAAUGAAAAAAAUGGCGUCUGUAAAAAAGUCAAGGACAUCUACUUCAUAACUAUCGCUUAAUUGUAUUUUUUUUUUUUUUUGUUACUGUCGCAUUUUCUCCGAUAUGUUAGAUGAUAAAUAAUCGAUCCAAACAAAGAAAAACUGAAGAAAAAAAAACGUUUAAAAGGGUAAAUUUAUGAAAAAGAAAAUGUCGACCACUCCUUGAUGUCUGCGAUGUCUCCCGUGUUUUAUUACCAUGUUUCACCCCCAAAAUACCCCAAAAAUCCAGCUGUGGAUAUUCACAGCCGUGUCUUGACACUCAGUGAUACAUGCUACAUGAAGUUUUUGGAUCGAAACAAGCUGAGGACGAGCGCGGGUGAAGUGUGUUUUCCUGGCGGCAAGCGGGACCCCAGCGACGAAGACGAUGUGCAGACCGCCUUGAGGGAAGCUCAGGAGGAGAUCGGUUUACCUCCGGGUGACGUUCAUGUAAUCUGCACACUGCAACCUGUCAUCUCAAAGAACGGUCUUCUGGUUACUCCAGUGGUGGGCUUCAUCCCAGAGUCCUUCCAGGCUCGUCCCAACCCCGCCGAAGUCAGCGCCGUCUUCGCUGCCCCGCUGGAAUUGUUUGUCGGACCCUUCGUUGCCGGGGAGACCGCAUCGUGGGUCUCCUUUGACUUCGUGGAGCCCGACACGGGAGUAAAGUAUCGUAUUUGGGGUCUGACCGCCAUGGUGGCCCUGGUGGUCGCCGCAAUUGCUCUCAAGACCAAAGACGACGGUUUCAACGUGGAGGAUUUGAUGUUGAGGUUAAGACAAAGAAUGAGGGCUCGGAGUAAACUGUGAUUUUUAUUUGAACUCAUUGGCUGUCACUGACAGCGAUUGCUGCCAAGCCUCCCAGUCAAAAUGGAUUGGAUGUCUUUCAGUGUCAAUGUCAGCUAAUCCCGAAAUUUUUGGGAGAUUAUUUUAUUUGAGUUAGAAGACCGAACAGAAUGUUGAUGAUUAUAUUAAGGAUGAAUAUAUUUAUAAUAUAUUUAAAUGUACUGUUAUAUUUUAAUUUUGUUUGAAAUCUUACGUCAGUUAAUAUAUGGAUAAUAUGUCCAGCUCUGGUUAAAAAUGGAGGCAUUAAAAAAAUACUUGAUGAAAUAUUUAUAUCUUUGCAUUAAAGAUUUUAAUAAAAGUCAUUUUGGAAUAUUUCCAGGGAUAAAAAAGACACUUUGAUUUUAGUUUAUCUGCAUGAAUGAAAUUUACAGUGGGGCAAAUAAGUAUUUA